UGUUCGCGCUGAUGACCGCUGGGUGGCAGCAGUAGAUCACGUGCGCCUAUCGGCAUCCGAAGAAGAAGAAGACGACGACGUUUACGUCUGUUUUUAUUUGGUCCUUUGCGUCUUUUUUCCUGGAUCCACUCUCGCAGUUUGAUGGUCAUGCUCUAGCAUCUCUCAGAGAUCUCUUCUUUAGCAGAGAUGGAGUACAAGAUGAACAACCCAGUCUACUUCACCAGAGCCAAAGAAGAGGAGAAGCGCUGGACGGAGACAACGAGAGAAGAACGACAGACUAUUACUGGACAAGAGGCCAGAGACUUUUACCAAAGCCUGCUUCGAGAGAGCCACGGAGAAAAGACCAAAGAAGGAGAAGCAUCCAGACGGGCCAGACGAGGAGCAGGAGCCAAACGGAGAAGAAGAAGAGAAGGCAGUGGUGCUGAAGCGGUGAGCAGCUCUGAGCGAGACGGACACAGACUCCUGCGAUGUGCUCAGGACGGAGACACUCAGGGCCUGAAGGAGCUCCUGCGGCGAGGAUGUGACGUGAACUUCCGUGAUGAUUUCUUCUGGACGGCUGUGAUGUGUGCGAGUAAAGCAGGACAGACGGAGGCCGUUGGUUUGCUCCUGCGUCACGGAGCUGCUUGGGUGGGAGUGGUGGACAGACAGGGCAGAGAUGCUCGGGAUCUGGCUCUGCAGGCGGGUCACCAGGAUGUAGUGAGAGAACUGGAGCAGUUUGUGAUCUCGGACGCACCACACAUACCUACUACAAACCAUACGGAGAGUGCUGCUUCUCAGUGGUGUGAUGUGUGUGCGGUGUGUUACACAGACAGCACUGAAACACACUCCAGGUCCACGCUGCAUCAGUUCAGUAAGCUCCGCCCCCCGGCCACGCCCCAGUACUGCCUGCCCUCCUCCAGCACCAGCUAUAAAAUGAUGCUCCGCCUGGGCUGGAACCCCGCCUCUGGCCUAGGCCCCGCCCACUCGGGCCGCAAGAACCCAGUCAGCACGAUCCUGAAGAGAGAUCAGGCGGGCCUGGGGUACGGAGAGACCCUGCAGCCCAAAGUCACACACUUCCAGCCCAGAGAUCCUCAGGCUGUGCAACACAUCCAUAAAGAGAAGAGACUGAGACAGGAGAAAAGAGCGACGCUCAGCGCUAAAGAACUCAAGAGGAAAGAAGAGCGAGACCAGAGAUGGGAAAGAGACUACCGAACUUCCUUUAACUAUGACUUCUGAUCCGAUGAACUUCAGAUUCAGAUACAAUUCAUUUGAAAGAAACAAAUUACAUUCAGUCAUGAAAGACUGCUUAAAGACAUUUCAUAUAGAAGACGAAACAACUGUUAACACGAACUGAAUGAAACAUUUAAAAAAAAAAAAAAAGCUGUCAGUGGGUUGUGAGUGUAUAUAAUUAGUUUAGAAAAUAUGAUUAAACAUUUUUUUUUUGUCAUUUGAUGUAAUCAGUCUCAAUUUUACAUGCAUUUUGGAUAUAUAUUGAAUAUAUGUGACCCCGGACCACAAAACCUUAAUCUUAAGAGUCAUUUGUUUUUUCUAAAUUGAGAUGUAUGCACCAUCUGAAGAAAUAAUCUUAACAUUGAUGUAUGGUUUGUUAGGACAGGAUGAUGUUUGUCCGAGAUACAAUCGUUUAAAAAUCUGGAAUCUGAGAAUAAAUAUUGAGAAAAUUGA